AUGAAAGACAUUAAUGCCACUGAGAACAACUUGGCAUCUAAAUUCCAACGGUUCAAUGACAAGACACUUGAAAAUUUAAUUAAUCAGAUUUCUAAGAUCUAUUCAUCAAACAAUCUACUCGUGUUGGAUGCUGUGUUAUCCCCACUAAUAAACAGCUUAACAAAUUUUACGAAACUAAAAGAAUUAGGCAAAUUUCAAAAUAUAGUGUGGUUGGAUAAUGAGUUAGUAAGCAUUGGGUCGAGUGUAUUAGCCAAGUAUGCGAGUUUGAUUGUUGUUGUACCGACAAGUUCAUUGGAGAACAUCAAUAUAUUGAAUAAAUUGAUACAUUCACAACCAGAUUUGCAUAGUUUAAAACUUAAUAUUAUUGUGAAGGAUUUAAAAAUGAGUUUCAUGUAUCAAAUUAACAAAGUUUUCAACGGAAUUGUCAAUUUUGAAAGUAUAUUAUCUCCAGAGAAAUAUCAAAAACCUAUAUCUGUCACAUCUCGCAUAAAAAUUUAUAAUUGGAAGACUUCACCCAUAUACACAGAUGAAAUUUUGGUUACCGAAAUCAAUAAAUUUAAUGGAAUUGACGAUUAUUUUAGUAAACCACUUAAACAAGUGAAUCAGUUAAGUGAAGCUUUAAUGCAAUUGCUUUUUAUGGGAAUACAAAAUGGGAAGCACGAUCAUUUAUUCAAAUUACGAAACAUCUACGGUAAAGGAAAUCACUCCAAACUUUUAAUAGACCAGUUGCAGAAUUCAAAAAUACCAGAGUUUAUGAACGAGAAUAUGACGACCUUAGAAAUUGACUUUUAUUCAGAUGUACUUCACAGUAAUACCGACUUGGUUGUUUUGGAACGAAAUCUCGAUUUUACUUCUUGUAUAUUCAAUCAAUUAAACUACCAUGGGAUAAUAGAUGAUAUGUUUAGCAUUAAGUUUGAAAAUAUUGAGCAAUUACUGAGCAACGAAAUCAGCAAGAGUUUAGCGAAUGACAAGUUGUAUUCACAAGACUUGAAACACUUGAAUUUUUCGUCAAUUGGAUUGAGACUAAACAAAUUGGCAAAGUAUAUCCAACAACAAUUCAAAACCUCAUCUGCUCAAAAAAAUUCAAGCUCAUCGGAACCAAACAUAAGUGAUAUAAAACAAUUAGUGUCCAACCUUGGUACGUUAUCCAUACAACAAGAAUUGGUGAAAAAACAUACCAUAAUCGGGGAGGAAGUGAUGGAAAAGAUAAAUAAAAAUUACGAACAGUUUCUUACUUUUCAAAAUGAUAUUUUUGAGAUGGACUACAAAUCCCAAGUUGCCAAGCUUAGAGAGUUUGUUAAUUGUAAUUAUCCGAUCGAGUUUGUUCUUUCAGCAAUUCUAUUAAUUGGAUAUUUGAAUGAUGGGAUUUCAAAUAAAGAAAUUGAUUGGCUUUCUCUAGAAAUGCAAGACAAUUACGGACUUGAGGCUGUUUUCACUUUGGAAAAAUUGAUCAAGUUUAAAAUGAUUCGAGUCAUUCAUGGAUCCUCAGUAGACUUUUUCAGUAGCUUGGGGUUUACCAGCCAAAAGAAAAAGCCCACAACCCACAGCCAGUCUGAAUUUGAAGAUGACAAAAAUGUUGGGAUCAGUGGGAGUGGAGAUGUCUUCAGAAACAACUACACCUUGAUCAAUAAAUUUUGGAACUUACACCCGUUGGACGACGACGAAUCCUUAUCACAAAACUUGACAGAGUCGGGCAGUAAUGAACUGACAAACUUGCUAGAUUUGUAUUCAAACCCAUCUUUUACAUUACCGGGCAACACGGUUCCACUUAUUUAUCGUUUUGUCGAGGCAUUGUAUUUCAGAGAUUUCUUGAAACAUAAACCAAUAAAUAACCUCAAGAGACGUCCAAAUUGGGACAAUUUGGGUGUCAAUACAAUGUUUGCUGGCAAAACCAUUGAUUUGAAUUUGGAUAACGUGAAUGACGAUAGAUCCAAGUACUUGGUAAUUGUCGUCAUUGGAGGUGUGACUCGAAGUGAACUAACCUGUUUCAAAUACUUACAGGAGAGGUUUAGGAAACAAGGAAAAACAAAAGAGAUUAUUAUAGUAUCCAAUGGAAUCGUUAAUAGUAGUAAACUAAUGCAGUUUAUGUCGAACUGA